CGGCCGCGGAGCGCGGCGGGACCCGGGUGGCCGCUGCCCGCCGGGGGGCUCCGCGCCAUGGGGCGGCGGGGCCGGGCCCGGGGGGGCUGAGACGGAGCAGGAGGGGACGGGGCAGGACGGGACGGAGAACCCCCGGAGCCUGGGGGCAGGGCCCGUCCCUGAGGAGCGCGGCGGGGCGAGAGAAUGAAGAAGCCGGCCGGGCGGCAGCAGCAUGGGGCGGCAGGACCUGCGGCGCGCUGACGGGCCCCCGCCGAUGCUCCCGUGGCCACUGGCCCUGCUGGCCCUGAGCGCAUGCUGUGGGGCGGGCGGCGCGGUGCCCGAGCAGCAUGCCACCGGCGCCGCGUCCCCUUCGUCCCCAUCCUCAUCCUCCCCCAGCCGGGCACCCCUGGACUGGCUCCUCACCGACCGGGGUCCCUUCUACCGAGCCCAGGAGUACGUGGACUUCACGGAGCGCUACCGGCAGGGUUUCACCACCAGGUACAGGAUCUACAGGGAGUUCGCCCGCUGGAAGGUGAACAACCUGGCCCUGGAGAGGAAGGACUUCUUCAGCUUGCCGCUGCCCCUCGCCCCCGAAUUCAUCCGCAACAUCCGCCUGCUGGGGCGCAGGCCCAGCCUGCAGCAGGUCACCGACAGCAUCAUCAAGAAGUACGGCACACACUUCUUGCUCGCCGCCACGCUGGGAGGAGAGGAGUCGCUGACCAUUUUUGUGGACAAGCGCAAGCUGAGCCGCAGGGCAGAGCCCGCGGGGGCCGGGAACAGCUCGGCGGUGUCGCUGGAGACGCUGCACCAGCUGGCAGCCUCCUACUUCAUCGACCGGGAGAGCACGCUGCGCCGGCUGCACCACAUCCAGAUCGCCACCGCCGCCAUCAAGGUGACAGAGACGCGGACGGGGCCGCUCGGCUGCAGCAACUACGACAACCUGGAUUCGGUGAGCUCGGUGCUGGUGCAGAGCCCGGAGAACAAGGUGCAGCUGCAAGGGCUGCAGACGGUGCUCCCCCCGCACCUCCGGGAGCGUUUCGUGGCGGCUGCCCUGAGCUACAUCGCCUGCGGCUCGGCCGGGGAGCUGCUGUGCCGCCGGAGCGACUGCCGCUGCCAGUGCCAGCCUGCCUUCCCCCACUGCAACUGCCCCGAGGCCGACGUGCAGGCGCUGGAAGGCAGCCUGGCCCAGCUCCAUCGCGCCUGGGAGAGCCACCACGGCCAGUUCGAGGAGUCAGAGGAGUUCCAGGCCCUGGUGAAGAGGCUCCCAGGGGACCGUUUCCUGAACAGGACGGCCAUCUCCCACUUCUGGGCCAUGGACCUGGACGUCCAGCACCGCUACCAGCAGCUGGGCACCAGCCUGAAGCUGCUCGCCAGGAAAACCCACCGCAUCAUCCGCAGGCUCUUCAACCUCAGCAAACGCUGCCACCGGCAGCCUCGCUUCAAACUGCCCAAGGAGAGGUCGCUUCCUUACUGGUGGAGCCGCGCGCAGUCGCUCCUCUACUGCAGCGAGACCACCGUGCCCGGGACCUUCCUGGAGGAAAGCCACAGCUGCACGUGCCCCUCGGAGCAGCCCUCCUGCCAGGGGUCCAUCCCGUGUGCCUUGGGCGAGGGGACAGCCUGCGCCAGCUGCGCCGAGGACAACACCACCCGCUGCGGGGCGUGCAACCAGGGCUACGUGCUGGCCCAGGGCUCGUGCCGCCCCGAGGUGGCUGACUCGCUGGAGCACUACCUGGGGCUGGAGACAGACCUGCAGGACUUGGAGCUCAAGUACCUCCUGCAGAAGCGGGACAGCCGCAUCGAGGUGCACUCCAUCUUCAUCAGCAACGACAUGCGCCUGGGCAGCUGGUUCGACCCCUCCUGGAGGAAGCGCAUGCUCCUGACCCUGAAGAGCAACAAGUACAAACCCGGGCUGGUGCACGUCAUGCUGGCCCUGUCCCUGCAGAUCUGCCUCACCAAGAACAGCACGCUGGAGCCCGUCAUGGCCAUCUAUGUCAACCCCUUUGGGGGGAGCCACUCGGAGAGCUGGUUCGUGCCCGUCAACGAGGGCAGCUUCCCAGACUGGGAAAGGACUAACGUGGAUGCCUCUGCCCAGUGCCAAAACUGGACGCUCACCUUGGGCAACAAGUGGAAGACCUUCUUUGAGACGGUCCACGUCUACCUGCGGAGCCGCAUCAAGUCUCUGGACGACAGCUCCAACGAGACGAUCUACUACGAGCCCCUGGAGAUGGCAGACCCCUCCAAGAACCUGGGGUACAUGAAAAUCAACAGCCUGCAGGUCUUCGGCUACAGCCUGCCCUUUGAGCCGGACGCCAUACGCGACCUGAUCCUGCAGCUGGACUACCCCUACACGCAGGGCUCCCAGGACUCGGCCAUGCUGCAGCUGGUGGAGAUCAGGGACCGGGUGAACAGGCUGUCGCCCCCCGGCAAAACCCGCCUCGACCUCUUCACCUGCCUGCUGCGCCACCGGCUCAAGCUGGCCAACAAUGAGGUGGCCAGGAUCCAGUCCUCCCUGCGGGCCUUCAGCGCCAAGCUGCCCAACGCGGUGGAGCAGGAGACGGGCAAGCUGUGCAGCUAACGGCCAGGGCUGCUCAGACGGCGGAGCGACAGGGACGGGAGAGAGGAAAAACACCCCCGACAGAUUAAAUCAAGGCCUUACCUUAGUGCCAACCGCGUGCUUCCACGGUACACCCAGCCACUGGCUGAAGGGAUGCAGGGCUCGAGCGGAGGAAGGCAGCAGGACCUAGGGCGCAGGAUGACUCUGGUGGGGACAUUGCUUCUGCUCGAGCACGCCACGCUGGUGGCCAAGGGGAUGUGCUGCUGGCUGGGGGACACAGCUCCGAUGGAGGCAGCUGCUGGCCCCACCACAGCGAACCCCUCAAGACCCCAACCUGGUGCACGCCAUUGGUUCCUCCAGCGACAAUCUCUGCGGUGCCUCAGCUUCAUAGGCUUUUUAAAAUGUCUUUCUGCUGAUGCUCUCACAUCCCAACCUUCCUACGGCUGUGUCCUUGCACGUGGCAUGGGGGGGACCAAGAUGUGACGGGCAGACCCGAGGCACCACCACCCCGCACAUGGGCAGGGACCUGGCGUCUGCCCCAUGGGCACUGCCAUUGUGGACACCGGGAGAGACCUCUGGGCCGCUUUUCUUUACAGCAAAACAAGAGCAAGAGAAGGAAAGAGAAAGAAAAAAAAUGUUUUAUUUAUGUAUUUAUUUAUUUGGUUGGUUUGGGAGGGAGUUUUUUAAGCCUAUUUAUUUGGGGAGGGUUAUUUCUCGUCGGUGGCUCCAGCCAAGGGACAUCUUAGUAAAAUGUAUCUGUUUAAUAUAUUUUUUAAAAAAAUGCCUUUUUUUGAGCAAAAGAGUAACCAAAACAACUGAGGAAAAAAAAAAAAAAAAAAAGAACACUUACUGUCAUCUCUGGCCCUGGCUCCUCCAUUGCCAUGCUGCAGGGGGGUGGUGAGGAGACCCCCGUGCUGUGUCCCCCACAUUUCUCUGUGCCCCCAGGGCAGAGGUUGGGAGCUCAGCCCAUGCUGGCCGGCCCUCUGCCUCCCACCAAGGGCUUGGUUAGCUGCCAGGGCUGUGCCAGGGGCUCUGAGGUGGCCCAUUAUGACCGUCGGAUGCGCUCCCUGUGGCACGUAGCACCUCCUCGGGCAUGGUAGAUGUGGCCCUUAGGAGCCUCUCAUAGUGCCCCGGAGAUGUGGUGUGGAAGGAGACGGGCACUGACUGACCUCAGCCGCCCUUUCUGGGCACUCAGCCACGUAGAUGAUGGUCAGAGCUGUGCCGUGGUGCCCUUCCCUGGGCUAUGGGGGGAGGUUGCUCCAUACCUGCAGUGUCCUCGUUGCCCUCCUCGUUCAUUGUCCCUUAGAAGGGGCAAAAAACAGGUGCAGCCCAUCCUGAAUGCCCCCAAAGCUGCCUCAGCUCCCCAUCAGCUAAACCCAGCGCAGGCAGCAAGGGCAGCACUGCAUCCCCCAUCACAGGGUCUUCAAAAGACAUCACCUCCAGCCCCAUGGAGGUAAGACAGGAGUGGGAAAGUCCCCUUCCUACCCUGCUUCCUACCCCAAGGCUGAAGAAGAGCAGCAGCCCCACUGCUCAAGGCAAUCUUCACGACUCUGCCAAAUCCUCCCUGGCUGCCAAAACUUGUCUGUGUGACUGCUGGAAGAGCCACGGCAACCCGGAUUCAUCUCUCCUGCUGCUCCCCCUCUCCUCCAUCCUUGGGCGAUACAGAUGAAGAGAUAAGCAGGAGGAAAAUAAAAGCGGAGUAGAUAAAC